AUGUUUAUCAGCUUCAACCCAUUGCUCGCCGUUGCCACUUUGGCUUCUCUAGCUAUACUCGCCGCGGGAUCACCAACAAACCUUGGUAGCAUUAUAAGCCCAGAGCACAUCAAACGCCAAAUCGAUUGCAACUCUCAAUACGAGGGAUACGCAUUUCUAUACUUCAGCAACCGCGACGAGAAUAUCUAUCUGGCUGUCAGGAACGGAAAUGAUGCCUUAUCAUUCACAGAGCUCAACAACGGGCAUCCGAUCCUGAAAUCGACCGACGGAGAUGGUGGAGUUCGUGACCCUUUCAUCAUGCGUUCCCCUAAAGGCGACAAGUUCUACAUACUAGCCACGGACCUCUGCACCGCCUGCGGCACGUCUUGGGGGGAAGCCCAGAGUUUUGGCAGUCGAUACCUCGAGAUCUGGGAGUCGGAGGACCUCAUCACAUUUAGUGCUCAACGCCAUGUCCUGGUAUCACCGGAUAAUUAUGGCAAUACUUGGGCACCUGAGGCGUACUAUGACGAGGAGCUACAGACCUACGUUGUGUACUGGGCGUCCAGUGUCUACAAUAGCACGGCCAAUUCUAAACACGAUCCUCUCGAGUACCAGAGAAUGGUCUACGCUACCACGCAAGAUUUCCAGACUUUCAGUGAGCCAAAGAUCUGGCAAGACGAGCCUCCCAGAGGCCGGAUCGACUCAACUGUUAUCAAGGAGAAUAACAUCUACUAUCGCUUCACCAAGGCCACUAUAGAUGGCUGCGCAGACAUUGUCCAGGAGAAGAGCUCCAAUCUAACUGCCGGACUGGCAGGUUGGGACAAGGUGGCCAGUUGCAUUGGUACAAACGCGGGGACCAAGGAGGUGGAGGGUCCCUCCAUCUUCAAGGCGAACUGUCAAGAUGUCAAUGGACCGAGGUACAUUAUGCUGACCGACGAAUUUGGCGGCAAUGGCUAUGUUCCACUUGAGUCAUCCGAUCUUGCAAGCGGGAGAUGGACAUUGCGUAAAGAUUUCAAGUACCCCGCCUCUCCUCGCCACGGUACUAUCAUCCCCCUUACUGCAGAAGAGUUAAGUAAAAUCAAGGUAGCUUACAACACCACUAGUUGA